UGUACACAAUGUACAGAUUAAGGCGCCAUUGAGCUUUGAAAGAUAUAAGUAUUAGAGUUUAUUUCCUUUUGUUUUAUUCUUCCCUUUUGAUUGUCUCUUUCCUACCUGAAUUCUUGUUAUCUGUCUAAACAGCAUAUCGUCGAACUUACUUAUCCACGUUACAUGUACCUCUACACAGCUACCCCGCAUUAUACCUAGAGAUCCCAAACAGCCUUGACAUCAACAUCAACCAGCACUAAACUUUCAAUACAAACUUCAUCACAAAAUGUCUGCACCACCAGAACUUACCUUGAAGAAUCUAACUGGAGAUUGGGUUAUGGUAAGAUAUAUAUUACUCUCAUUCUUCAUUUUUGUCUCUGUCAUCAAUACGCCCAACAUAUCCACACCCUCCAAACCCCCUAUCGCACAUCAAUAAUUUUGAUCCACCAUCUUCAUUCCACUAACAGCCCUUAGAACAAAACCCUCUCUGACGACACUGAUGCAGUCCUCGCCCUACAAGGAGUAGGUUGGUGGACCCGCAAAGCCAUUUCUCUCGCAACCGUAACACUCCACGUCAAACAAUACAUAGACGAAAACAAUAUUCCGCACAUCGACAUUGAUCAAACUGCCACGGGCGGCAUUCAAGGCACAUCUGAAUAUCGAACAUUAGAUUGGGUUUCUCGAGCACAUGAAGAUCAUGUGUUCGGUAAUAUUUCCGCAAAAUCUAGAUUUUGUACUUUGGAACAAGUAGAUGAGGAUGCGUUUUUGAAAGAGGAUUGGUUAGAGGGUGAAGAGGAAAAUAGUGGUCCGAAUGGGGAAAGACAUGUUCAGAGUUAUGGUGUUAAUGAGGGGAGAGGUUGGACAGCAAUGCAGAUUUGGGGGUUUGCUAUUAUUGAUGGGAAGAGAUAUUAUACCAGGAGGGUGGUGGUUAAGAAAGGAAGUGAAGUGUUGAAGGUUAGAUUGGUUUACAAUUGGCAGGGAAAACAAUAGAUGAGUGUGGUGUAAGAGAUAAAGUUGUCGUCGAUACAUCAAAUAGCAGAAGAUGAUAGAUACCAAGGAGAUUUUGGGAGUUAUCGAUUGUUGCAUUACUUACUACCUCCUAUCAAAUCAAGUUUAUGCUUGAAGCACAACGUGCUGAACAUAAUUUGGAUUAAAUCCUAGCAGU